AUGGCUUUCCCUUUGCCGCGGGGCGUUACGGCGUCGGAGAUAGCUUUUCUGGCGGAGAUGGAGAAGGUGACUAUCGUGCCUCGACAGCGUCUUGAAGGCCUUGAAUUACUAGGAGGCCCUGUUGAGCCUCUCGUCCCUCCACGACGCGCCUCCCUUCCCCUCUGGCUCGCGCUUCUACUCAAACGCCAACGCCGUGCGAAUAUCAUGCCACCCGCCUGGCUACACCCGGAACCAUUGAGUCUUAUUCUUGAGGUCGAAUCCGGACACCAGGACUACCAGAACGCUUUCUCCCCGCCUCCUCCAUUGCCUGGUCAACCCAGCGUUCUAGAUCGUGGCCAAGAACCGACUGCUCGGCCUCAGUAUACUCCAGAUGGCAAUCGAUACUAUGCGGCGCCACCUUUUCUACCACAGAAUACAGCACAACCUGUGAAUUCGUCGCGGGAUCCGCCCUCACUACCAUUCCACUGGGUCGAGGUUGGGAAUAUGCUUCUCGAUGCUGCGAGCGAUGACCUGGUGGACCCGGACCAGAUCCGCAGACUAUUGAAGGACUUGCGUGAAGUGCGCAUGGCGAAAAUGAGGUCAGGUGUCGACGCACUGGAUGCUGCGGCCACUGGUGGUGGCGGUGUUGCCCUGACAGGUGUUGGUUCAAUGGAGUUGGGUGAGGAGCGAGGGUUCGUCACUGGCGUGGUGGAUGGUCUCCGGAAAAUCGGCUCCUCCAAAGAACAAGCUCGACGCGAACAGAUGGCCGAGCAAAAAGCGAAUGGUGGAUAUGACGGUACACAAGACGACGAGGAGGAAGAAGAUUACAUGGAGUUCUAA